AUGUCGACGGCGCCGGACGCCCUCGCGCCGCCGCCGCUCGAGCGCCGCAAGUCGGCGCCAGUCGACCCGUCCAAGCUGAACAAUGCGCCCGCGCCGCUCCCGCCGCAGCACAUCGAGCCGGCGUCCCCGCCGCCGCCCGAGCCACUCAACAUCCCCGGUGGUGGUGGCGCGACGGCCGACUCGGCAUACCUCAACGCCGGGGACGCGCCCGUCGAGCCCCCAUCCCACCCGACCGUAGCUGAGACGGGCACGUUCGCGACGUCGUUCGGCCACGGCGACGGCCCGACGCACGGCCAGCUCCAGCGCCGCGAGAGCGACGUCAAGCGCCGCAUCAUCCGCCUCGCGAGCUUUGGCGGCGAGGGCCUCAAGAUCAAGCCCCCCGUCCCGCUCCCCGGCGACGCGUACGCCGGCGAGGUGGACGGCGUCGCGUCCGAGAGCGCGAUCGAGGCCGAGAAUGCCGUCUCGGCCGGCGCGCCGUCCAGCUUUGACAACUAUCGCUUGUAG